AUGGUUGGAGGGACUUGGAAGUUGCUUGUAAAUGAUGGAAAUCACAAUCAUGAUUUCCCUGCAUAUAAUGUGGGUCAUUCAAUAAUUAGUAGGUUGACUAAUGAUGAGAAGAAUAAAACAAAGAAGAUGACUCGAGCUCAUGUGACGCCUUCACAGAUUUUGGUGUCUAUAAAGAAUGAAAGUAAGGAAAACUUAACCACAGUGAAACAAAUAUACAACUUUCGGCACAAAAUAAGGAACGAAGAAAUGGAUGGUCGGUCAGUUAUGCAACAAACUCUAAAGUAUUUGAAUGAUGAAUCUUACUUUUAUUGGUAUCGAGCACACCAGUUGGAUGUGUUCCGACUGGAAAAAAAUUUCGUUGCUGGAUUUGCAUUUCUCCAAGAUGAGAAAAAGGACAGUUUUGAAUGGGCACUUCGGUGUGUGAGAGCUCUUUUUGAUCCUGAUCAUAUGCCAGAAGUUAUUGUUACUGAUAGGGAGUAUGCUUUAAUACAUGCGAUUGAUGAUGUAUUUUCCAAGAGUCAACAUAUGUUGUGUAUACGUCAUAUUGUUAAAAAUGUGGAAGCUAGGGUGAAACUUGAUACUAGGAGUGCUCUAUUUGCGUCAGGAUUUCUGAGACAGAAGCUGAGUAUGAAGCAAACGGUUGAAAGUUCUCAUAAUGCUUUGAAGAGGUUUUUGAAGACAUCUACGGGGAGUUUGGAUACAAUUUGGAAAAGGUUGUAUUCCUUGUUAGAGCUACAAGAAAAUGAGAUUCAAGCCAACUUUGUUAGGUUUGAGAACAUUGAUCUUCAUAUUAUUGUUCUACAUCUUCUGAGUCAGUUGAAAGGUGCAGAUGGUAAUUGUGGUUAUAGAUCAAUGGCACAUCAAAUUUAUGGGUCAGAAGACCAGUGGAGAAGAAUACAAAUUGGUACUAUGACAUAUUUUCCAUUAUAUGUACCAGAAGGCUUCACAACCACGGAAAAACUUAUUGGAGUUGCAUUUCUAAGAUCUUGUGUACACUUUGUUUCUGUUUCUUUGGUGAAUGAGUGCCCUGUUCCAGAGUUUUGGGGAGCUUGGUUUAACUUUCACGAUGGUACUGUACAAGGAUGGGAUGCUCCGUUUUAUCCCAGAAUCGAUAGAUGGAAGUUGUUGCGUGGCUAA